AGUACCAGAGAGGCUGUCGGUGCGACUUUUCCGUGUCAUUGUGUCAAAUUGCCAAAGUGCACGGUGAACAUUUUCCAGAUUACUUUUUCCACCUCUAUAGACCUUCCGGCCUUUUUUUCCGCCGCCCAGUUUUUCCACCCACUUGGGCCCACGGGUUGUGUGUGUGUAUGUGCAUAAGUGGUGAGUGAAAGGGUCGUCCUUCAUUCGUGCUUCGGACAAAGAUGACAAUUUAAAGAUUUACUCCCUUCCUGAUAUAUGUGAAGAAUUGGAGUGUGAAAGGGGAUUCGGAGAGAGCUGAAAAAAAGAGAGAGAGUAAAUGAGGGUGAGUGUGAGGGCACCCCAACCCCUCGAAAAACAUACAUAGUGUGUGGAUUGUUAAUUUAAACAACAUUUAAUAAUUGCGCAAACAACAUGCAUUGCUGUCAGUGUAUUUAACCUAUAGUGAAUGGUAUAGUUUGUGAUGUGAAUGCGGGAAAAUUUCUCCAUUAAGUGAGGAUUACGAAAUUACGUUGAGGUCAGUUGAUGCCCAGAGUGUGUCAACAAAUCGUGGAUAAUAAAUAAAUUAAACUCUAUUUUGUUAAUCAUACAGACAAUUUUAUUAUUUUAUCGAUUGCGGUGAGAGCAUCAAUUUAAUGUGAUUCAGCGGGGUGGCUGCCAAGAAUGAAAUGUGACUUCCGGUGAUUCUGCAACUUCAUCGUCUCACCCCUCCAUCAACCCCUUCAUACCGUGGGCAGAGGGAUGCACGGCACAGGGAGUCCCACGUGAAACCCUUGGGUGCACACAGCUCCUUCUGCAUGAGCAUUAUUCUUGAAGCAUUUUCGCGGGUUGUACCUGUCUGCACCUUGGGGACAUGAUUCCUUUGUUAGGCACACCCAAAAGCCAUGCAUUUGAACGGAAAAUAUGGUGUGGCAUUUGUGCGUACAAGAAAGGAAAAUUAUGAGGAUGAGAGUCGAAUACACGUGAGGAUUGAAUUGCAUGAGGAUUUAAGCAAUAAAAACAGGAAUGAAAAUGCAACGAAAAGAGGAAUUGCGUCCAAUAACAUCUGUGAAGAUGAAACAUUUCGCAAACACUGCAAAAGUGGCACGAGAGAGCGUACGCCUUGUUAUUUGUUAUUAAUUGUAUGGAUUAUUUGGUGUAUCGUUAGGAGUAGAUAUUUUCUAUUGAAUUUGAUAUCGACCGCCAGUUGUGUGCACUCCAACGUUGGUGAUAUUCAUGACGCCAAGGAGAAUCAUAGACGAAUUCGACGAUGGAUUCACAUGGCUGGCAUAAUCAAUUUAUCCUCGGGAAUGUGCUCAAUAUCAGCGACGCGGAGCAAGUGUGCGGAAAGUCAACUGAAUCUGUAUGGACUAUCGCACAUGGGCAUUCCUAUGGGUGGGUGCAGAUUCUGGCGGGAAGUUUGGGACUUUUUCGCCACAUCACGACCACCACCCCAAUGCACAUUCAUAGGGCAGCUACGGGUAGGUGGGUCCGAGGCCGACGAUGUUAUGUGUCGGUCAAUUAAUCACGGAGAGAGCACCGGCAACCACCCGGACGUCCGGAAGGAAUUCGCAAGAGGAAUUUGUCUUGGGACACUAAAUCACACAGAUAGCACCAUCGAGUGCCACAGUGGAGUCCAUUGGACAGAUUAUUGGCAGAGGCAUCGACAGUACACCAUAAACUUCCUCACUUCUUUCGCAAGGGGCGGCCAGCCGCCGAGUAACUUUCAAUCGGUACGAAACAAUCGAAAGAGAUAUCCCCAUGGACAGAUAAAGGUCUACACGGCAAUUCGGAGGGUGGGUGACUUUCGACACACCAAUUACGUUUGCACGAAGAAAUUGAGUCGUCUGCUCAGCACCCCGUCGCUCGUACUCUUCGUCGUCCUGCUCACCAUCGCGUCAGCAUCCUCGCAUACCAUUAAGUACAGUACAAAUGUGGUGAAAACCAAAUAUGGACCAUUGCGUGGUAUCAUCGUCAGGACCAAUCCGCCUGUGGAGUUGUAUGCCGGUGUCCCGUACGCCAGUCCCCCCGUUGGAAGCUUAAGGUAUAUGCCACCGGUCACGCCCUCCACGUGGAAAAACAUAAAAUUGGCAGAUCGCUUCCCACCAGUUUGCCCCCAGAAGGUACCAAUGCCACCAAAUGGUGCCCUCGCCCUCCUCGACGAGCCCCGCGAGCGUCUGGCGCAGCUUCGUCGAUUUCAUCCCUUGUUGGCCAAUCAAUCCGAAGACUGUCUAUACCUCAACCUCUAUGUGCCGAAAAACGUUAAUAGUGAAAAUGGGGAUCAGAAUCGCUCAUUGGCAACAAUUGUUUACAUCCAUGGUGAGUCGUACGAGUGGAAUUCGGGAAAUUUGUACGACGGCUCAGUCCUGGCGGCCCAUGGGAAUAUAAUCGUCGUCACGAUUAAUUUUAGAUUAGGUGUUCUGGGUUUCCUCAAAACGGGCACAAAGGAGAGCGCUCAGGGGAAUUUUGGGCUAAUGGACCUCGUGGCCGGACUCCAUUGGCUCCGUGAGAAUCUGCCGGCAUUCAAUGGGGAUGCCGAGAGGGUCACUCUAAUGGGACACAGUACAGGAGCUGCUCUCGCUAAUAUCCUCGUGGUAUCACCAGUGGCAAGAGAUCUAGCUGCACGUGCUAUUCUCUUGAGUGGCUCAGCACUCUCCCCGUGGGCCAUCCAAAAGGACCCUCUGGCUGUGAAGAAACGCGUGGCGGAGCACACAGGAUGCCAUGGAGAUCUUCUCGAGGACGACUUGGCGCCCUGCCUUCGUACAAAAUCCCUCGGUGACCUCCUUUCUGUGACCCUUGAUUCGUACAGAUUUCUUCCUGGAUUUGCCCCAUUUGUCGAUGGCACGGUAAUCGUAAAUCCCACCUCAUCUGUGACAAAUGCCUUGAUCCUCCCCACCGGAUCCGCUCUGGCAAGUACAACCGGACUGGAAUUGGCUGAUUUCCCAAGUCGGGAAUUACUUUUCGGCCUCACGUCGAUUGAAUCGUAUUUGGAUUUGAGUGCCCAAGACUUGGAAUUUGGCUUCAAUGAGACACGACGGGAUCGUAUAUUGAGGACAUACGUGCGAAAUAUCUAUCACUAUCACUUAAAUGAAAUUUAUUCAGCUUUAAAGAAUGAGUACACCGAUUGGGAGAGACCACCUCGGAAUCCGACGGGAGCGAGAGAUGCGACACUUGAUAUUUUAAGUGAUGGACACACAGCAGCACCUCUCGUUCGACUCGGGUACAUGCACAGCCUACGCGGGGGACGGUCCUACUUCCUCCAUUUCAGACAUCAAUCCGGCGAACGUGAUUUCCCACAGCGCGCUGGAUCAGUUCGAGGUGAAGAUGUGCCUUUUUGUCUAGGACUUCCAUUAUCCCAGCUUUUUCCAUAUAACUACACAAAGGAUGAUAUCCGAAUUAGCAAACUUCUGGUGCACUACUACACAAAUUUUGCCUCAUUUGGGAAUCCAAAUGGGCCAAUGACGAUGGCAAAUGCGGAUGAGGCGACCCACGAACGUGGGAGGAGUAGCAAAUUUAAGCGAAAAGUAAGGAGUUUCGCCGAUGAGGACACAGAAGGUGACAAGUACGAGCAAGAACACCGAGGCAACGUACGAAGGGAUCGCUUGGAUGAGAUAACGACCGUGGAUGCGCCCUUCUGGGAUACAUACGACGCCAUCAAUCAACUAUAUCUGGAACUUGGGAGCAAAGUGGAGAUUCGCAAUCACUAUCGCGGUCACAAAUUAUCAAUGUGGCUUAGCCUAAUACCACAACUUCAUUCCGGAGAAUCCACGGAAUUAUCAAUGCGUCAUCACAAUUUCCUCGAGGAGGGUACACAAUACUAUGAUGGACUGGUUCGUGAACAAAAACUCUAUAGACCGGCAACACCUGCAGUGAAAACGGAAUUUAUUGCAACCACAUCCAAUGCCGUCACAAAAUCGAGUGUCUUGAAAACAACGAUGAGCACAGUUUCAUCAUCAAAUGCCACAUCAUUUCAUACAACCACAGACUGCCCUCCCAAUGCUACGGUUGUGCCAACAAUCGCCGCCACAAGACCCCAUCAGCAGCAGGAGAUGGUGAUUCAGGGUGGCGAGGGUGGUGCCAACAACCUGCUGAGGCGCUUAGCCAAUAGUCAGUUCCAUAGCUAUACCACCGCCCUCACCAUCACCAUUGCCGUGGGGUGCUUUCUGCUCCUACUUAACAUUCUCAUUUUCGCGGGUAUCUACUACCAGCGCGAGAAGAGAGCUAGCGACACAAAGCGCAAGGAGGAGCUCUUUGAAACUGAAAUCCCCAUGUCACCGAACCUAAAGCCACACAGCCGCAAGGGGAGCCUGCAGAGUCUCCCUCCGGGCUUCCAUUUUCACCAUCAUCACUUUCAUCAACAACCCCGGACUGGGAGCUUUGUAGAGCUCAGCUUCGAUGGAUCCGGUGGCGAGAAGAGAUCAACGAAGGAGUACUGUGAUGUGGAGCUGCAGGAGUACCAAUGCUCCCCAGCAAAUAGCUCAACGUCCAGCAACCUCCGUGUGCCUGAAUGCAAGAGAUCCUCACCCCUUGAGACAACCCACGUGCCUCAGAUUUUUUCCACGAGCCAGCAGACAGAGUGCUCACACGGAGGCUCUAGUCAGUCUUCCGGGCACUGCAACCAGGGCACCCAGAGUGAUCGUCCACUGUCGCAGGACGUCAGCACCGAAGUCAGCGAGAUGGAUAUCCAGGAGAAUGGUAGUCUCGGAAUUCCAGACCCUCCGCCACCGCCCAAACUCUUCCACGGCGUCGGCAUUUUACGCCAACAGGGUGGUUCGUCCCAAGCAGGUGGAUCCAGCAAGAAACGUGUUCAAAUUCAGGAGAUCUCCGUGUGACUCCAAGCGAGGUACAUUCAAAAGCUUACAGAGAAGUGGACUCUAUCAUGCUUCAAAAUAGGCUCAUCCAAAGGGGAAAAAUCAUACAGUAGAGAUUUUAUAUCAGAAUCUUUUUAACGACAUCAUUAGUAUAUAAUACUGCAUGAAGAGGAAAACAAAUCAGCAUGAAAAAUCACCACCAAUAGAUCCCACACAAUCAAAUCUUUUGAUGCAGAAUAGAGUCUCACUUCUUACUCCUUAAAAUUAACUAAUAAGAAAAAAUGUGUGUGUGAUUUUAGGUAAAAUAAAAUUUAAAAUGAAAAAUGUUCAAUUUCCUGCUGAUAAACAUUUUUUUUGUGUGUGAAAUUCAGCAAGAGACUGGGAUUAGAUGUGAAAGUUUAGACACAAUUUUCUCAAUGUGAGAAUACUAUAACUUCCUAAAAAAAAAUGUGUGAGAGUGUUAAUGGGAUGUUGUAACAUUUGGAAUUGAUUGAGUACAUAACAUUUUUUAAACUGAUAGAAAAUGAAUUAUUAUAUACUAGUGAAAAUAUAAGAAGAAAAAUGAAAAUUGGUAUUUGUCGGUGGACUAAUUGAUUCGUUUCAUAAUAUUUAACUACCAAUUCUUGUUAAUUUAUGGAGAAAUUUUAUGAGUUUUUAUUUGUUUUAACCAUCAGUUGUGGAUUAGCUUCUCUAUGGGGGCAAUGAAUCCAUUUAUUGCAAAGUAUUUAGAAAUGUCAAGAUAGAGAUUCGAGGGGAUUAUUUAUCGAGGAAAGGGAAUCGUUCUUAAGAAAAUAUUCAAUGUUAAAUGGAUUUUGCAAAUUAACUAAAUAGUGUUAUAAAAAAAAAUAAAGAACAAUGGAGAGGACAUAACGAUGUGAGGGAAUUAAUGCUAACUUAACCAAAAAAAAAUGAAUAUAUAAUAUUUUAUUUGUACAGAAAUACUAUCAUAGAAAUAAUUGGAUAUUUUUUCAAGAGAUUAUACGGAAUUCGUUGCAAUUAUGCUAAUUGUACCUAAAACAUACAUAUGUAUUCGUAUUUAAUUAAAUAAAAUUCAAAUCGACAUUUUUUCUAAAAAAAAAUCGAAAUAAAACGUAUAUACUCUGUUAGUUUUACCAAUUUAUUUAAUUUUUUCUUUCUCUUUCCCGCUCAAAUAACUUAAAUAGUCUUUGAAAUUUUCAGUGAGUUUAAUAAUCGUGAUAUAUUUGCUCAUUCAAUAAGGAGAAGAGUAUAUAUUCUCGGAAAAUCAAACAAAUUGCUCCCUUUUAAAAGCACCCCCUUGUUAAUUUUGCAGUACUCACACACAUUAUAUACGAACAACAAGCAGAGAGAGUUCUGCAAAUUAUACCGAUUUUCGUUCUUCCAGUUUCAAUAAUAUCGCUAAUAUGGGGCCAACUCCCAUAUAUGGAGUGCGCUUACAUUGAUAAAUUCAUUUUGUUCCGAAUAGAUGAAAUGAUUUUAACAUGAUUAUUAAUGAUGCUUGUAUUAAAAGGAAAAUUUGUAAUGAAACACAAUCAAUUUUCCAUCAUUGUUAUUGACUGAUAAUUAUCUGGACGUUUGUUGUGAGAACACAACACCGAAUAAAUUGAAAAGCCCAUCAAAUUAUUUCCUUGUUGAAUCAAAUUGUGGUCCCUGAGAGGAGUGAGAAAUUUUUAACCCUUCCAUUUAAUACUAAAAAAAAUGAGAUUAUGAUAGAGGAAAAUGAAAUUAAAUCAACUAACAAUAAAAGUGAAUUAAUAUCGAUUGAUGGUACUAAAGACUUUGUACGAAUGAAACUAUUAUGAAAAAAAAACUCAAUAAAGAGUAAUCAUUGGAGGAUGAAGUCUGUAAUAAAAUUAUUUAUAUUGUUGUUCUAUAUAAAUAAAACAAGAAGCUGUUCCAAACAAUGUAACAAUUUAUAAAGUGACAAGAGGACGUGAGUAAAUUCCACAGAAAAAAAAUCUAGUGUAAAUACUAUCAUAAUUAUUACUAAAAUGAAAAAUCAAUAUAUAUUGUAUAUAAAAAAAAAACUAGGUGAAAUACAAGGAAAUCCCAAGAAAAA